GGCAUCCCAGAAGCUUCGGGCGAGCGGGGGCGCGCAGGGCGGGCUGAUGGAGCGCUACGGAGAGGCGGCGUUCGGCGCGGUCCCUGCGCCCGAGUUCAGGCCAAAUGAGGGUUCAUUAACAUCAACUUUAAGAACACUUCUGUUCUUCACAGCUCUAAUGAUUACAUUACCUGUUGGGCUAUAUUUUUCAUCAAAGGCUUAUAUAUUUGAAGGUACCUUAGGAAUGUCCGACAGAGACAGCUAUUUUUAUGCUGCCAUAGUUGCUGUAGUUACUGUUCAUGUGGUUCUGGCUCUCUUUGUGUAUGUAGCAUGGAAUGAGGGUUCUCGACAGUGGCGAGAAGGCAAACAGGACUAGAACGAAGAUCAUCGUCAUCUGAUGCCUACAGACUGUAAAUCAAAUUGUUGUGAGCUGAAGGAUAAACAUUCUUCCAAAUGUAUAAUACACAUGUAUAAAGAUGGGGCUAAUGCAUCAACUCUGGUUAGAGUAACAUUUGUGCUCGUCUUGAAUGUGUACCGGUGUUUUCUGUAAUGCUGAUGAAGGUUGUUCUCUAGCCAGCUUCUACUAGGUCAAGCUGAGGAGGUCUUCAUCUGGAAUUAGAAUGAAAUAAUUACAUAUGUUUUUAAAGAAAUCCUGUAGCUAUUUUGCCAUUCUUCGUAUUUUUCUGUUUCCAACACAAAUCCAAACCACAGUCCCAUAAUAGCCGCUAUGAAGAAAAUCAUCUCAGUCAAAAUCAGCACACUGGGACAAACAUAAAUAAUGUUUAGGAGUAAUUGCAAAGAUGGAAUUGUUAGAAACUCAGGUGAUGUCUUUCUAAUGUGAAAUACAAAGGGGUUUUUUAUUUUCAAAUAUAGUUUUUUAUUAUGGUGUAAAAUUCAAUCUUUAAUUGCCUUUUGGGAGGAUUGUUUUAUUACUGCAUUGCUCAUCUUUCCACUCUUCUACAGUUAAUCUUGAUGAUGCAAAGGAAAUGGCAUAGCCUAUAUGUCUUUACAUUUCUGGAUCUCCAUGGUAAUUGCUAAAGGAUGUAGUUGGUUUUCCUGAUGUAAAGAAGUACCAGAAACAGCUGUGAGCUACUCUAAUGGCUAGCAGAGGAAGAAGCAAGAGAGAACAAGCUGUAGCCAUCUACAAAUGUCCUUUGUGAAGCAGAACAUGAGUGGUCACAUGGAAAACUUGCUUCUCUUCAUAAAUAUUAACUUGUACACUGUGAAAUGAUACAAUAUGAUGAUUGUUUUCUGUUUGCCUUGGUUGUGUGUAGAAACUUUCUGGAUUCAAAUGACAGUGAGAUUUUUGUGUUGUAGGACAACCUAAAUUCCAUUUCACUGUUGUGCUGUUGUUAGCAAGCUUGUUAGUCUAUAGAUAAAACAUGUUUCCUAAAGGUUGCAGCAAUGCACAAGAACUGUCCUGACACUGGUAAUUGCCAGUGAUAAGCUGUUGUACUUGGGAUCAUUCUGCUAACUUGAGUUUUCUAGUUUGUUCUAUUAGUUGAGCCUUUUUGGAAGUGGUUUGCUUAAUAUCGUGCUUGGAAUGGUUUUGAUGCUGCAUUUGUCUGUGGUAAAAAAAAUUGAUUAUCUGUGCCCAGUGGCUUGAGGAAUGUGUUCCCAGGUCUCAUUCCUCUCAUCUCCACCCCAGUUGCAGAUGUGAUUAUGAGAACAGUCUGAUGGUGCUUGAAAUACAGUCUUAGUUUGUAUGUUGGCUCCCUGUUCUCCAGUGUAGGAACUGUACAUUGUAGAACAAAGACUGCCUCUUGAGGAAGAACUACCCUGCAAUGCAAGAUCCUGUAAACAAGAACUUGUGCUGAACAGUUUUUGAAUAAUCUGCAGUGCUGCAGGUGUAGAGCACAGCUCCCAACAAAUAGAUCAGCAAUAACACUGUUCAAUAGCUUUCUUUUUGGUUUAUUCCAUUUAUAAUGGAGAAUAAAUGGAAACAUAGCUGUUGUGCUUUUACUAGCUGGGUCUUUCGCUAUAUCUGUUUUGUUUCACAUACCAGAAUCCCUAGACACAAAAUUAGUUUCCUAGGAAUAACAGGGAAAGAAUUGCUGCUUAUAAUUGCAAAAAAAAUUUAACCUGUGCUAUAAGUACAGGCACUAGAGUGUCUCAGCGAUUGGAAGUAAUGAGCUGAGCAUGAAUCCAUCCACUGUAAGAUCUUCUUUUGCAGAUAGUGCUUUGAUCCAUAAUGUUCUCCUUGAGAAUCGAGGCAAUGCAUGAGUCUCUGCACAGUAAAAGCCACAGACUGGGUUUUAUGUUGCCAAUGCUUGGGAGCUGAGACAACCGCUCCCGUAAAUGGUGAAGUGAAAACAGUCCAGCAGUGGAAUUCCACCAGCAUUAGGGAGCUCAGAGUAUAGGAACUGUAGCCAUACAGCACAGAGUGUACAUGGAGUAGAUACCCUGCUGGAACGGACUGUUCUCGUCCCUUACCAACAAUAAGAUUUAUUCUAUUUCAAGAGCUUUGUUGUGUUCUCUUCAGACUGUUUCCUUUCAGGUGUCUGAUGUUCCUAUUAAUGGCAAAGCUAAUUCUCAUGUCAUUUAAAAAACUCUUUAGUGGCCAUUGUAAUUCGUUUGGAGUUCAAAUAAUACAGUACUGUAUUGGGUUUGUAUGGCAAGGUUUUGGUAGUGGGGAGGUUUCAGGGGUGGUUUCUGUGAGGAGCUGCCAAGAGCUUCCCUCGUAUCUGAUAGAGCCAAGGCCAGUCAGCUCUGAGACUGCCCUGUCAGUGCCCAGGGCUGAGCCCAUCAGCAAUGGUGAUAGAGCCUCAGGGAUGAGACCUAAGAAAAAAACUGCUGCACAACAGCACCUGGAGAGAGGAGUGAGAAUAUGUGAAAGCAGCAACUCUGCAGACACUGAGGCCAGUGAAGGAGAGGUAGGAGGUGCUAAGGGGCAAAUUCUUGUGGCAAAGGCCAUAGUGAGGCAGGCCCUGUGCCUGCAGCCUAGGGAUGUCCAUGGAGGAGCAGUCUGGUGGUGUUGGUGGCCAUGUUGUUUUGGGAAUUGUUUGUCAUACCCUAACAUACAUUAAUGUGUGUGAACUUCAGUCUUUACUGUAUAUUUGAAACAAAACGAAGUAUUACAUACCUGGUUUUUGCUAUAUACAAGAGGACCCAGUAGUAACUCUUGCAUAACGUCAGAUACAAACAAAACCCCCAUAUCAAUCAAACAAACCAACCCCCAAAACCCCAACCUUCUGUCUUAUUUUCAGUGUGAUGAAAAACUAUGUUGUCAGUGCAUUGGUGAACAGUAAAAUGCUCAAUGUUACUGCAAUUUUGAGGGGUUUUAAACAGCUACAUAGUUAUUGUAGUUAAAUAAACUCUGCUUAGGCUUCUGCUAGCCCAAGGUCUGCAGUAGCUUAGUUUGUUCAGAUGAGGAAGACAUAGGGAAGAAAAGACCCUUAAAAUAGCAAACUAAGCUACAGAUUUAUUGUUACCCAUCAUGUUAUUUUGUAUGACUGAAAUUUACGUGGGCUGGCAGCCAUGGGACAAAUGGAGGAAGAGUCUUGUGAAGCAAAGAAGUGAUUUGGGGAGGUGUGGUGGAGAUGGGAUAGGGUGAGGACUAGAAUGUGCUGACACAGCUGGGUAUGUGACUGAGACACCGUGGUUUUGGUCCAAAAUGUUUAUUUCAUGUUUUCUAGGGGAUUAUGCAGAGCCAUUGAUCUGAAAUAUUAAAUGUAACUAAUACGAAAUAGCCAAUUUUUACUUCCAAUUAAAGUUGUUGACAGCUUCACA